CCCACUUUUCUCCGUGCUCACUUUUUGAGAUCUCCGCUCCCAUUUUCCCCGUGCCCACUUUUUCAGCAAUAAUAGACCCGUAGCAAGAUGGAAUCUACUUUUUCGAGUUUUCAGAGCAAUAAUAGAACCAUAGCAAGAUUUCUAAGCAAUAAUUGAUCAUCUUUCUCUUCUAGUACAUCUGAGCUGAGCCCCAUCCCACCACCACACAAUCGAAUCUUAUCUUCUCACAUGUAUUUUUAUUUUUAAAUUUUGUGUUUCAUCUGGUUGAUUGCUCCCCAGAAUUAAUUCUAGAUGUGUUGUUUUGAUUAAGCUAGCAUAUACCAAAAUAAGGCCAUUAUGACGUCAGUUCCAGAAGGCCUCUUCAUUGGCAAAUUUGUAGCAAUUCUCGAGAGUGAAGCAGCCUCCAUAGCGGGUGUUGGUGAUCAAGUUGAUGAGAUUAAGCAGGAGCUGGAAUUCAUGAAAGCCUUCUUAGCGGAUGCUGACGGGCGCAACAAAGCACACACACAAGUAGAGGAGGUGUGGAUCAGAAGCGUUCGAGACUUGGCCAAUGAUGUUGAAAACAUCAUUGAUGAAUUCAUGUAUCACGUGUACGAGCAGCAAAUUGGCGGUCGAUUUGCCCGGUGGAUCCACAAAACCAUUCAGUUUCCAAAGCAACUUUGGUAUAAGCGUAAAAUAGCUACAAAGUUGCAGAAAAUUGCGAUUGCAAUUAAAGCUAUUCCAGAGAGAAAUAAAAGAUAUGGUGGUGGUGCAGCUGUAGAAGGAAAAAGUACUUCUGAGGAUAUUCUCAGAUGGGUGCAGAAUCAAGCGGAGUCUUCUCUUUAUCAGAAGGAGGAUGAACUUGUCGGGAUUGAAGGCGAUAAGAACAUGUUACUGGGAUGGCUGAGGGAUGAAGCCAAGCACCAAACUGUUGUGUCCGUGGUCGGGAUGGGAGGAUCAGGGAAGACAACUCUAGUUGCAAGGACCUUCACCGACGACGUUGUGAAGAGCCAUUUCGAAUGCUAUGCGUGGAUUACUGUUUCCCAGUCUUAUGUGAUUGAAGACUUACUUAGAAGAUUGAUCAAAGAAUUCCACAAAGCAAAGAAGGAAGACCCUGCAGACAUGAAUGCCAUGAGUUAUAACGAAUUGCUGGAGAUUUUGGUGAACUGCUUGGAGACUAAAAGGUACCUAGUUGUAUUGGAUGAUGUGUGGGAUGUCCACCUUUGGGAGAAAAUAAGGUUUUCAUUUCCAGAUAAACAACUUGGAAGUCGAGUCAUGCUUACAACUCGAAGAGAAGACAUAGCAUCCUCUUCUUUUGGAGUUGAAAGCCAUGUUCACAAGAUUCAACCGCUGGAAAAAGGUGAUGCGUGGGAGCUCUUCAGCAUGAAAGCAUUCUCAAGUUAUCCAAACAAAUCUUGUUCAACAGAACUUCUGCCUUUAGCUCGGGAACUUGUGGAGAAGUGUGAAGGCCUACCUCUAGCGAUCGUAGCCUUGAGUGGUCUUAUGUCUUCUAAGAAGUCACUUACAGAGUGGAGCACAGUCUACAACAGCUUAAAUUGGCAUUUAACAAACAAUCCUUUGCUAGAACCUAUGAAAAGCAUCUUGUUGUUUAGUUUUAAUGAUUUGCCAUACCGAUUGAAGCAAUGCUUUCUAUAUUGUUCCCUUUUCCCCGAAGAUCAUGUGAUCGUAAAUAAUAGGCUCAUCUCAUUGUGGAUCGCUGAAGGAUUUGUUGAACAUGUCGAAGGGCUCACACCAGAAAAAGUUGCAAAUGGCUAUCUUAUGGAACUCAUUUUUCGUAACAUGCUACAGCAAAGGUUUCGAGGACCCCUCCCAGCAUGUAAGAUGCAUGAUCUUUUGAGGGAGAUUGCUCUGUCUAUAGCAAAAGAAGAAAAGUUUUGCGCUGUACAUGAUGGGAGUGAAACAAUAGAAGAAACUGGGGCACUCCGUUUGUCAAUUCAAACAACUAAUGGAGAAAUUGGAUCAUGCACACGUAUAUCACGGCUUCGUUCGUUUCUUGUCUUUGCCACUGCCGUAUCCUCAUUCUCUUUCCCAAAUAAAUUACCUUUUGACCUUAAAUUGUUGACGGUUCUAGAUUUGGAGGAUGUCCCAAUUGAUAAUCUGCCAGACAAUCUAACGUCCUUAUUUAAUUUAAAGUUUUUAAAUUUGAGUAGAACUCCAAUUAGGGAGCUUCCAGAAUCCAUUGGAAAUCUCCGCAACCUUCAGACCUUAAACAUCACGCUGACAGAAAUAGUUGCACUUCCAAGAGGGAUUUCCAAGUUGAUAAACUUGCGCCAUUUACUUGUGGGCAGGUUCAUUUCCGGAAAUUUUAUUGGGGUAAGAAUAUCAUCAAGUAUUAGUAAGAUGAAGAAAUUGCAAUCUUUGGCAUAUAUUGAAUCAGAAGGAAAUAGUAUUAGACUUAUUGGAAAUAUGACCCAGCUUAAGAACCUUGGCUUUACAAAUGUGAAAGAAAGAGACGCCGAGGACCUAUGUGCCUCAAUUCAAGAGAUGAAGGCGCUUUCCUCCUUGGGUUUAAUUGUAGCAGAGGGAGAGGAAUUUCUUCGAGUUGACGCAUUGUCUUCACCGCCUCCCUGCCUUGAUAUACUUGACCUGGUCGGCAAACUGGAAAAGGUACCACAUUGGUUUUGUUCUCUCCUGUCUCUCACAAAAUUGAAUCUGCAUGGGUCCAGACUUGAAGAAGAUUUACUACCUCAUAUUGAAGCGUUACCCUCUUUACAUUUUCUUUUCCUUGAUGAUGCCUCUGUUAGGAAAGAGUUAUGUUUCAGCAGAGGCUUUGUGAAGCUUUGGUUUUUGCGGUUGGGGAAUCUCGCAUUAUUAAAUAAGAUAACUAUAGAAAAAGAGGCGAUACCAAAUCUCAAGGUCUUAUUCAUUCAUAGUUGCAUGAUGUUAGAAACAUUGCCACAGGGUGUUGAGCACCUUACUAAACUACAACAAUACAGAUUUGAUAAUGUUUCAGAGAAGUUUAGAGAGUCCAUAAAAGAAGGAGGUGUGGAUCAUCCAAGGAUGCUACUCGUCGACGACAGAUGUAAGAAAUAUACAAACAAGUCCAGAUUGAAAAGCUUCACAAGUGGAGAUGGCGCUCACGUCUCAGAUAUCCUCGGAUCUAUAUAAUUUAGAAUUAUGGUGGAGGUAUGGGUGCAAAGGAAGUUUGGAACCAUUUGUUGGAUAGGGACUGUGUAUAAGUUUUGGUCCUAUUUUCUGUAGGAUUUUUACUGAUAGCUGGGGGUGUUUUGUUGUAAGAUUGUACUGUUUUGAUGGAUAAUCUUUUUUAUCUGUUUCUUAUUCAGGAGUAGUAGUUCAUGAUUUUUGACAUGUUCGUUUGUUAAAACUUUGAAGGGUUUUGAAGAUAAGAAAACAAUUUAUUUA